ACCGAACUCGGAAACAAAAAAACAACACGAAGUUUAAGAGUUUCAUUUGAGCUCAAAGCUUCCCGAUUUCGAAAGAUCUUUCUUUUACCUGAAUCAUUUCUAGAUCAACAAAUUAUUGGUGUGAUGUCGGAUCAUUUGAGUUUAUGUACGGAUCGUCUCAUAACUGCUGAGACCUUGGAGUCAGAAAAGGGUUCUGAUUCCUCUGGAGAAAGUUCUCGUCCUCAAGGCAAAGAUGUGGCUUCUUCUUCUUCACCGUCUGUGGAUGAAGCUGAAGAUGCAAGGAAGUACUAUGCCGUUGUUGCAGAAGAGGAACCGCUUCUCCAAUCUGUUGAGUGCCGUAUUUGCCAGGAGGAAGAUACCAUUAAUAACUUGGAGGCUCCUUGUGCUUGCAAUGGCAGUGUGAAGUAUGCCCACCGCAAGUGUGUUCAGCGUUGGUGUAAUGAGAAAGGUGACAUAAUCUGCGAGAUAUGCCACCAGCCUUAUCAAUCUGGAUAUACAGCACCUCCACCUCCUCCUCCUGACGAAACUAUUAUUCACAUUGGUGACGAUUGGGAGAAUGGAGUUCACUUGGACUUGAGCGACCCGCGCAUUCUAGCAAUGGCUGCAGCAGAACGCCAUUUCUUGGAAGCUGACUAUGACGAGUACUCCGAGUCUAACUCAAGUGGAGCUGCCUUCUGUCGCUCCGCUGCUCUCAUCCUGAUGGCACUUUUGCUGUUACGUGAUGCGCUAAACCUCACAACUAACCCAGAUGACGAGGACGAUCCUACUGCCUUCUUCUCUCUUUUCCUUCUUCGUGCUGCUGGUUUUCUCCUCCCAUGUUACAUCAUGGCAUGGGCCAUCGGAAUUCUUCAGCGCAGGAGGCAAAGACAGGAAGCAGCUGCGCUAGCUGCCGCGGAAGUUGCCUUCAUGAUACACGGUGGUGUGCCUCAACGCAGGGGACUUCACUUUGCUGUAGUGCCAGAGCAGCCGCCAGUAUCCAACCCAACGCCAGUCUGAUCUUUCCCGGCAAUUAUUCUCUGGUAAGACUAUUAAGACAACAAAACUGAACUUGGUUGUAAGAACUUUCCACCCACUUAUGCUUCUUCCUCUUCUCAUGUUUACAUUUUACUCGUAUGUUUAUGUUCUCUGAAUCUGUUAAAUAUUUUAUUUCUAUGCUCCGAAAUCUUGACAGAGAGCUCUCAUGGCGCUAUGUAUAGUCUUAUUUUGUUAUUAUGAUUAACUUUCCGCUAAUAAUAUCUCCAAAUUGAUGAUGAGAACAGCAAGUAAAUGAUUUUUGAUUAAAUGAACACGCAAGACUUGGAUGUAACAUAUUGAACGAUACAUCCCAGCAAUCUGAAAUCAAGAAAAAG